GGGAGCAUUGCAGACGGCAGGGAGACCGAGCGGAUUCGCAGGGUGGAAGCAACAUUGGAAGCAUGGUCUUGAUUUUCCAUCAUAUACUUAUCGCAGUUAUCCAUUUUUUUAGACGGGGGCAGCAAGUAUUUCUGAAGACCGAAGAUUCGCCGGCACUAUGUCCAGAAGCGCUACAGGAUGCUUUGCUGACCCUGGGCUCCGUCAUAGACAUUCCACGUCUACAGGAAGCCAUCAAAGAUGCCAUAGCAGCCGUCCUGCCAAAAGUGGACAAUGCCUUUAUCUACCUGUUGCACGCAGAGGGCCGGCUGGUGUGCGGAGACCCGUCUCACGAGCUGCCUCAGGAAGGGAAACUCAGGGACGCCGUCCUCCUUCGGAAGCGGAUAGAAUGCAGCGGGCUGACCCCCUCGGAGCUGCUCGGUCAGCAGAUGAGCAGCCUGGCCGCUCCGCUACCACCUGAUAAACAAGUGCUGAUAAUCCCGCUCAGCGAUCAGGACAGCGGCAGGGUCCUGGCCGUCAUCCUGAUGCACUGCAGUCCGCUGAGCGACUCCGACGAACAAAACCUUCGCACUUUGGAGAAACACAUCCUGGUGGCUUGCAAGCGGGUUCUGGCUAUUCAGAAACUCCAGCCGUGGACUCAGGUCGGGGUACCUACCGGCUUCUCGGAAAACUCCCGACAUAAGCCAGACAUUAUUCAAAAGACGCAGCCGUGGCCCCAAGUCCACCUGUCCGCCGGCCCUCCGGAGCCCUCAUUGACUAAAGCAGAAAACCUACAGAAAGAAGGUUACGAUGAACUCGAUCGCAAAAUCCUCCAGCUCUGCGGGGAACUCUACGACCUGGAUGCGGCGUCCCUCCAAGUGAAAGUUAUUCAUUAUUUGGAAGAACAGACCCAGUCCCCGUGCUGCUGCCUUCUCCUGGUGUCGGAGGACAGUCACCAGCUCUUCUGCCAGGUUGUUGGAGACAAAGUAUUGGAAGAAGAGAUCAGUUUUCCGUUGACAUUUGGGCGUCUUGGCCAGGUUGUAGACAAGAAGAAAUCCAUCACUCUGCGGGACAUCAGCUCUGAGGAGCACAAGCAGCUGAACAACAUGUUGGGUUUCGAGGUCCACUCCAUGCUUUGUGUCCCCGUCAUAAGCCGGGCGACCUCACAAGUCGUGGCUUUGGCCUGUGCGUUCAACAAACAAGACGGAAAUUACACCGAAGUCGACGAACACAAAAUCCAGCACUGCUUCUGCUACACGUCGACGGUCCUCACCAGCACGCUGGCCUUCCAGAAGGAGCAGAAGCUGAAGUGCGAGUGCCAGGCUCUCCUGCAAGUGGCCAAGAAUCUCUUCACACAUUUGGAUGAUGUAUCUGUCCUGCUCCAGGAGAUCAUAACGGAGGCCAGAAAUCUCAGCAACGCAGAAAUCUGCUCCGUGUUCCUGCUGGAAAGACACAGCCACGAGCUAGUAGCCAAAGUGUUUGACGGAGGAGUCGUGGAUGACGACAGUUAUGAGAUAAGGAUACCGGCGGACCAGGGAAUCGCGGGCCACGUGGCCACAACGGGCCAGAUCCUGAAUAUUAAGGAUGCCUAUUCCCAUCCGCUGUUUUACCGAGGGGUGGAUGACAGCACGGGAUUCAGGACCCGCAAUAUCCUCUGCUUCCCCAUCAAAAACGAGAGUAACGAGGUCAUCGGCGUGGCUGAACUGGUCAAUAAAAUCAAUGGCCCUGGAUUCACCAAGUUCGACGAGGACCUGGCGACGGCCUUCUCCAUCUACUGUGGGAUCAGCAUCGCCCACUCUUUGCUGUAUAAGCAAGUCCGUGAAGCCCAAUUCCGAAGUCACUUGGCCAACGAGAUGAUGAUGUACCACAUGAAGGUCUGCGAAGAUGAAACCAAGAAGUUACAGAGUAACGGCAUCGCACCGGUCUCCAGGAUAGAUGCCAACUUUGCCAGCUUCAGCUACAUGCCCCGAUCCCUGCCCGAAGAUGACACGACCAUGUGUGUUCUGAGUAUGUUUGAAGACAUGGGCUUCGUUACAAACUACAAGAUUGAUAGAACCACGUUAAUCAGGUUUUGCCUUAUGGUUAAGAAGGGGUAUCGAGACCCCCCAUAUCACAACUGGAUGCACGCCUUCUCUGUAUCGCACUUCUGCUACCUUCUCAACAAAAACCUGGAGCUCAUCAAUUACUUGGAGGACAUAGAAAUCCUCGCCCUGUUUGUGUCCUGCUUGUGCCAUGACUUGGACCACCGGGGUACAAAUAACUCCUUCCAGGUGGCUUCGAAAUCCGUGCUGGCGGCUUUAUACAGCUCAGAGGGGUCCGUGAUGGAGAGACAUCACUUCGCUCAGGCAAUCGCUAUCCUUAACUCCCAGGGCUGCAACAUUUUCGAACAGUUCUCGAGGAAGGAUUACCAAAGGAUGCUGGAUUUGAUAAGAGAUAUUAUUCUCGCCACGGAUCUUGCACAUCACCUGCGCAUCUUUACAGACCUCCAGAAAAUGGCAGAAGAUGGAUAUAACCCCAAAAACAAAACUCAUCACAGCCUCUUGCUGUGUCUUCUGAUGACGUCCUGCGACCUCUCCGACCAAACCAAAGGCUGGAAGACGACGCGGAAGAUAGCGGAACUUAUCUACAAAGAAUUCUUCUCUCAGGGAGACCUGGAGAAAGCCAUGGGGAAUCGGCCGAGCGAGAUGAUGGAUCGGGAGAAGGCGUAUAUCCCUGAGCUGCAGAUCAGUUUUAUGGAGCAUAUCGCAAUGCCUAUCUACAAGUUGCUGAAAGAACUGUUCCCUCGUUCGUCUGAACUCUACGAGAGGGUCGCGGCCAACCGGGAGAAAUGGGCCCGGGUAUCGCACAAAUUCACAAUCAGAGGGUUGCCCAGUAAUAACUCUUUAGACUUUCUGGACGAAGAAUACGACAUCCAGGAAACCAUGGAAGACGAGGUAAAGAUGAACGGCUGCGUGGACAAGAAAGGGCACUGAGAACGAGCCGGUGCCUAAAUCACUCUCAGAGAAGGACAAAGACCACCCGUUCCACUCCGUUCCUCGUCCUUUGCUUUUUUUGGCCUCGGCCCGAGGUGUGAGGAUUGUGUUAAAUCCCGAGGUGAUAUUUGCAGUCUGUGUGCAGUGCAGCGUGUGUCACACCAAACACCGGCAGGCGCGGUCCUCUUCUCGAAACCCUGUGUAACUCAUCCUAGUCGGGGGUACAAGGUCUGGCCGGUCAGAAUGCUCCACACUGGACAAUCUCUUCUUGCCUCAAACGGUGCUUCGUGCACGGAACAUUCAGCGGAGGAACAUUCUAGGAGGUCUAGACGCUUGUAGCGGAUCCUCUGGAACCAGGGAUGGGAUUCUGUGCGUUGCCUUUGUGGGACAUCACCAAGGAGUGGGUCACUGCGCCCCCCAAUAUACCUGCCUACCUCCUCAUCCCCAGCAGUCUGACACCGUAUGGU